UGACGUCACCGCGCACACGCCGCGCGCUGCGUCCCUGGGGCCGGGGGCGGCGCUGCCCGGGCGCGAUCGGCGCUAUGGCGGCAGCCCUGGGUGCAGCUGCCUCGCUGGGCUCCCCCGCUGUCAGCGCGCUCUGCCAGAACGGGCGGGAGAUCUUCCUGGAGGCCUCGCGGCUGCUUCUCACCUACGCCGACAACAUCCUCAGGAAUCCUUAUGAAGAGAAAUAUAGAUUAAUUCGCAUUGGAAAUCCAGCUUUUUCUACAAGGCUGUUGCCUGUCAAAGGAGCAGUUCAAUGUUUAUUUGAGAUGGGGUUUCAAGAGGGAGAAACUCAUCUGAUUUUCCCUAAGGAAGCUUCCAUUGAGCAGCUACGUAAAAUCAGAGACUUAAUUGCUGGAGAGAGGAGUAGCAGGCUGAAUGAAUCAAAUCCAACCCACAGACCAGGAUCCUCUGAAAUGGUGGCCAGCACUCGGGCAGUUGCACAUCAGCCUUCGAGACCUGCUGACUCUGCUCUUGCCCCUGCCCCUCAGCAACCAGAAACAUCACUUGUGCAGUCUCUUAAAACGGCUGCAAAAAUCUUGAGUACACUUCAAACAAAAUUUAAGCAUCAUGUAUUGAUAUACGAGAAACCUUCUCUUCAGCAGAAAGCACUGGCUUCAAUUCCCCUCCAGCAACUGAAAGCGAAAGCUCAGAAAAAGCUAACACAAGCUACAAGACUGGACAAAGGUGCACAUGUGAAUGAAGAGGACUUCUUGUUGUUGGAACUCUUGGACUGGUUUAAGAAGGAUUUUUUUCAUUGGGUAAACGCACUUCCUUGCAGCAGGUGUGGUGGGGAGACAGUGCCUCAAAGUGAAUAUCUGUUGCCUACUGAAGGCGAUCUAAGAUGGAAUGCUAGUCGAGUGGAAAAUCAUUACUGCAACCAGUGUCAGUUUUGUAAUAGAUUUCCAAGAUAUAAUGACCCUGAAAAACUUCUGGAAACCAGACGUGGACGCUGUGGCGAGUGGGCUAAUUGUUUUACACUGUGUUGCAGAGCUGUGGGGUUUGAAGCUAGAUAUGUUUGGGACUGUACAGAUCAUCUGUGGACUGAAGUAUAUUCUUCAUCUCAGAAAAGAUGGCUUCACUGUGAUCCUUGUGAAAAUGUCUGUGAUAAGCCUCUUAUCUACGAAACUGGGUGGGGAAAGAAGCUCUCCUACAUCUUUGCAUUCUCCAAAGAUGAGGUUGUUGAUGUCACCUGGAGAUACAGCUGUAAGCAUGAAGAAGUGCUCUCUAGAAGGACUGCACUCAGUGAAGCUACACUACGUGGAACAAUUAAUGCACUAAAUAGAAUGAGGCAACGAUCUUUGUCAGAAAAUAGAAGAAGAGAGCUCUUGGAAAGAACAAUUGUGGAGCUUGUUGAGUUUAUUUCUCCUAAAACACCUAAGCCUGGAGAAUAUGGUGGAAGGACAUCAGGUUCAAUGGCUUGGCGAGUAGCCAGAGGUGAAAUUGGUUCAGAGAAAAGAAGAGAAGUAAUUUUUGUUCCCUCUGGAAAAGAGAAGACAUCUAAACUCUUCCACCUCAUUUACAAUGUAGUAGAAGAUAGUUAUACACGGAUUUCCAAUAAUAAUGAAAAAAUAACUGGCUGGGAAGCAGGUGUUUGGAAAGCAGAGUCUGUCUGGAGAAAGGUUGAAACAGAUUGGAAAAUGGUAUAUUUAGCCCGAAAAGAGGGGUCAUCCUCUGCUUCUGUCAGCUGGAAGUUUGAAUGCAAAUCAGUUGGUCUGAAAAUAGAAAACAUUUCAGUUAGGACAAGCAGUCAGACAUUUCAUAGUGGAAGAAUAAAGUGGAGACUUUACUCUCCAACAGCAGAAAUUGCUUUGAUGGGAGACAAAAAUCUUUGCUCCUGUUCAGAUUUUUCUGGUGCAACGGAAGUUGUUUUGGAAGCAAUUCUGAAUGGAGGGGAUGGUGAAAGUGCAUGGCAACACACACAGCUGUUUAGAGACAGCUUAACAGGAUGUGGAGAAAAUUGCUUGGAGAUAAUUAUAAAACUCACUGACCUCUGAGAAGCUGAAAAGCUGUUCUUUGAGUUCCUUGAAGACAUCAUACCAUGAAUGCAACAUGAAGAUUUGGUUGGCAGUUCCUGUUUAUCCGGCUGGCAGCUUAUUUCCUGUUUCACUGCUUCCAUUUAGUCAACUUGAAACUGCACAUGUAUUGAAUAGGUAAACAUCAAAAUAAAACCCUCUUUGCUUUAAAAACAAACAAGAAAAUUAAGGGAUUGAACCAUUAAAUACCUUUUUUUAAACUUUAUUAUGAAACAGUUUUUAGGAAGCAAAACAUGAUCGUAAGAGCACAGAACAACUGUAAUUGAUUUUAACUUUGAGCUUUGGGGUUGGCUUGCUGCAUUUUUUUAAUAAUUAGUCCUUGGAAAAGCAGUAUGAAUUCCAUUUUGAAUUACAACAGAUGCUUUUGAUGAUUUUCAAAUAUUUUAAAGAAUAAUAGAAGACUUAGACAUUUUAAGUGAACAAUAAUCAGAAGAGCUGAAAUUAAGAUAAAUAUUGAAGCAAUCUUAAAAUGGUCUCAUUAUAUAUCUAAAUAUUAAACUUGCAUUUAAUACCUAGAAAUGCCGGAAAUUGGAUGGUGUGCUAGGAAAAUAAACUGAUUUUGAAAGAAGUGUUUAUUAUGUAUCUAAAAUUGUCAUGACCUGUGGUAUGAAAUUAAGACUUAAAACUGAAUAAGAUUUUUUUCUAUGAAGAAAUAGAUUAUUCAUUAUAAAUACUUUUUAAUUAUAUACGUUCAAAUUUACCUGCUUUUAAAAAGACUUAUUAAGCGUGUAGGCUGGGAUCACUUUUUAAGCUGUUGUUCUGAGUUGCUUUGAAUGCUUUUCCCAAAUUUGAUGUAAAAGUAUAUGCAAUUUUUCUGUCUCUUACUGUACUGUUUAAAUUUCUCUGCAUUGAAUAUAAUAAAAACUGCUGGCCAGGAGGUGUCAGAUGUAGCUGUGCCAUGAAUAAAGUGAAUGCUCAGAUUAGGUAGUCUUUAUCAAAGAAUUGGAAGAGGGCUGUGGCUGGAUUGUACAAGACAUUUUAUAUUAUAGGACUAUAAUGCAAAGUUCAAGAUAUAGUUUUAUUUUAAAAUAAGUGAGAAUUAGGGAUGAUGUUAGCAGCAUCUGUGGUUUUAAAGCUUUUUGUUCCUUUCUUCUGACCCUUCCAACCACUGUAUUGAUUUGAAAUUAUUGUCAAAAAUAAUUUCCAUUGAAAUAAAUGUUUGCUGACUUUUCAACAAAUCUAAGCAAAUGUAAGAGUGUUCAGAUUUUAUUAGGAAACUAUGCACAGUUGAGCAUAGGUGUCAAAAUUAUACCACAGACAUCUGAAACACUAGAUUAUGGCAGCUCAGGAGUGACAGAAUGAUGUGUGAUCAAUUAUACACUUUUACUUCAGAAUGUAAAUUGACAAGUUUAUGAGGAUUAGAAAGAGAGCAUCUCACUCCCUUGAUUUGGAAAAACAUGAAUGGCAGGGAACUGUAUAGAACAGUGUUAAUCUACACUUGACUAACUCAGAGUGAAUUUGCCAGUCUCCAUUCACAACUCCUCUUAUGUUCAGUUUCAGCUGAGUGUUAAUUGUAAGAUUUUGAGUGGGAACCCAACAGAAAAGUAUUUUAGAUAUUGGAAGAAAAUAGGUGGAAAAAGACUUAGUGAUACUAGUCAACAAAAAUGUUUCUGCUUCAUGAUUUUGAUAGCUGAAAAAGAUCCUGCUUUAGGACAGAAAUUAUUUCUCAUCUUCUGUUAUUUCAGGUAGAGGACUAUGAGGAAUUGCAGAACAGCUUAACUGUAUUUGAUAGUUUGAAAGCAGAAGGCAGAAUAAAUUUAGAAGUGGUAGAAUAAAAGUAAUUUUCUCACAAUUUUGGUCAGAAUCUCUGGGGGAAGAGUGAUUGCUGCAGAUAACUUAAUAAAAUCAUAUACUCAAACAGAGUAGUUCAAGUCCAUUAUUAAAAUGUUAGAAUGAAUUAAAAAGAUUGAAAAAUGCCUCGCCAGUCUAAUCAAGAAGUACCUUUCUAUUUGUAAGAUCACAUACAAUGAAUAAAAAUCUUAUUUUAGGAACGAAUUAAUAAGUAAAAACCUCAGAUUAAAUAGACCUUACUUGAAAAAGGGCAGCUCUUUCAGGUGUCUUUUGAGGUACUGUACAAACAGAGAAUUUUUUUAAUCUCUUCAUACAUAAGCUUUCUUAAGGGCACUUUUUCUCAACUGAUCUCUAUUUCAGUGCAACUUUUAAUAAAUUCUUCAUUAAUAGUUGCUUAAUAAUAACUUAGAGUGUCCUGGCAGUAUUAUAUGGUGGAAAGAUCUGUGCUGCAAUGUGCUCUAAAAGUAUGGAUAUUAAGUUAUGCUGGCGAUUAUGUGAUACUGGUUGAGUUAUAGGAGAUUUUGAUCAUGGCAUAUGUACAUGAAAGUCAGUGCUUAUUCAGCUUCUUAAAAGUCUGAAAAUGAGGUCAAAUGGGGAAAGAAAAAGUACUGUUGCUUAGAAAUGUGUGGCUUAAGGCCAAUAUAGGUAAAACCAGUGAUGUUUUCUAGAUUUCAAUUUACUUUGGUGCAUUAUAAAGAAUUACUGGCUGUCCACUGUGCCAUGGGUGCCCUCCAAAGCUGCACUGAGGUUUAAUAGUGUAAUCUUUUCAUUUGAAUUUUAUGUAAAUACUAUGCUAUCCAGUUAAUGGCUGCGAACUAAUUUUGGAGUGUGUGAUUUCCAGCAGAACUGGGAGGAGGGGCCUGUGCACAGAAUUCCUCCUUUCAGACAUGUUUAUUGUACUGCGCUGUUGGGCCUCUGCGGCUGAUCAUACAGCUGUUUAUUUCUUCAUGGCCUAUUUUGACUCUGAAUGCUGUAUGCAGAACAGCAACCACUAGUGGCAACCCACAAAAUUGUAGUAGUAAUUUCCUACACCCCAGGAAGCUGCUGGGAAAAUGUAUCUUUGAGACAUAUGAAGGAAACCCCUUGGAGGCAGUGUAGAGAGAAAGCACAGGUAUACAGGAAUCAAACAAACUUCAGUAUAAAUUACAUACUGCACUGGGAAGUAGCUAAUGAAAAGUCUCUCAUCUGAUCCUGUGUGAUAAUCUGUUGCCUUUACUCAUAAGUUAUCCACAGAAAACUUUUCAUAUAUAGUGGCUUAGAUGUGAGAUAUAAUCUCUAUUAUGUUCUACAUCAGGAAAUGUAGAACACUAAAAAUAAAGUAUGUUUUUCUCCAUAGCACAGUGGAGUGAAAACAGAUGGUAGGCAGCACAUAUGGCUGCCAGAAGCUGGGAACACCCAUUUGCGGAGUUCUUGCAGCUCAAAACAAAACAAGCCAAAACAAAGGAGCUCCAAGGGGGGCAGAGAUUGUUCCAGGCAGAUGCCGGGAUAUCUGAUAUCUUCACCCACGCACUCUUCAUCAUGUUGCUUUUGGUUACUUAAGCUAAAAAUGGAAGUAUACUAUCAGUUAAGAAUGUGAUGUGCCUUCUUAGUAUUAGUCAAAACUCAGCAUGCAUUAAGUACAGACAUUAUUUAAAAUAAAUCUCUAAUUUCCACCAUAGGUUCAAACCUCUAGUUUUAGACAAAAUUUAAGAUUUUGUUAGUGAUCUGUAAGCAAUUCAAUGAUGUAAAAAAUGUGGGAGGUUGAAGGAACUUCUGUUAUCAUUGCUUCACAUCCUAUGGAGGAUCAAGAAGCAAAUUAGACAGGUGACUUCCUUAAACACACUUGGUCAAAUAGUCGUAGCGCCCAUCUGUAUUUUAAAUAAUUUUAAAGUUAUUCAACACUUUUUGCAGUAAUUCAGCUUGCUUUGUGGUAGCUCUUUUAUGGGGUACUGCCAUUGCCAGCAGUGCUUUAUGCCUUGCAGCUUAUGGCCUCUCUAAACAAUAAUCGGUGAUAUUAUGAUUGUGGGUUAGUGUGGGUAGAAUGAAAGACUAAUAGUAUUAAUAGCUGGGAUAAGAUUAUGUGCUUUAUGCUAAUCCUUAAUGUUCAACCCAGUCAGAAGGAUAGUGAAGAGUCUAAAAAAGAAAGAUAUUUAGAAGGUCCUCAGUAGGUUGAUAGAGUUUGGUUUUCCCUGAAGUUAUUGAUUUCAGGAGCAGAAUUUUGGCACCUGCCAUCCUAUAAUAUGGCACUUAGGAAUGGCCCAGUAUCUGUAUUUUAGAUGUACAGCUAUUGUGAAAUGUGUGAGGGUCUAAAUGUGGCUGCCUGCCUGUCUGAAUAAGAGAACAGGGGGUUUCACUCUUUUUAGACAUUUAUGUUUACUUUUGGCUUUGUUUUUAUGGGAAGCUUUGUAAUUGUGCUAUUAGCUUUGUUUGUGAUUAGCCUGCUUCUAUUUCUAGAGCAUUAUUUUUUCUAUGCAUUUCCGUCUAAUUUAAAAUACAUCUUAAUUUGCUUUUAAUUUAGGUAGAA